AUGGAAGAAGACGAAAGUUUGUUUGAUAAGAUAAACGAGGCCGAAAUGGAAGCAGAUAUUAAACUGGCAAUGAACAACCAUAAGAUACCUGAAAUAAAGCCGAUAGAAGAGUUUAUUCUAUCCUAUAAUGGAAUAUUUCAAAAUCUCGAAGAGCUCAAAAAGGAUUAG